AAACCCACCAUUUAUCCAUUCAUGUCUAUUCCCCUGGUCGCUUAUUGCACUCUACCUGUUGUAUGCUUGCUCACAGGAAACUUCAUUGCACCUAAGCUUGACAACAUUGCUAGCCUGUGGUUUUUGUUACUUUUCAUUAACAAUUUUGCAACAAGCAUUCUUAAAAUGAGAUGGAGUGGAGUCGCGAUAGAUGGAUGGUGGAGGAACGAACAAUUUUGGGUGAUCGGAGAUGUAUCAGCACAUCUAUUUGCUGUGUUUGAAGGUUUACUAAAAGUGUUAGCUGGUGUUGAAACCAACUUCACAGUAACAUCAAAAUCCGGAGACGAUGAAGAAUAUGCAGAGCUUUAUGCAUCCAAAUGGAUAACUCUGCUCAUUCCACCAACCACAUUGUUAGUGAUAAACAUUAUAGGAGUUGUUGCUGGUAUCUCCAAUCCUAUAAACAACGGAUACGACUCAUGGGGACCGUUGUUUGGGAAGCUGUUUUUUGCAAUCUGGGUGAUUCUUCAUCUCUAUCCAUUAUUGAAAGGACUUGUUGGUAGAAACCUUACAACUCCAACAAUCAUCAUUGUCUGGUCAAUCUUACUUGCUUCAAUAUUUUUGCUUUUGUGGAUUAGGAUUGAUCCAUUUUUGGCGAAAAUAGACGGUUCACACCUGAAUUGCAGUUCUUCAAUCAACUACAUGUACGAGAUUGAAGUUCUUCAGGUGAAGAAAUUGAAGAAGAAGCUGACAUUUUCUUCAUGA